CUGUUUGAUCCUUAAGUGCCCAGCCCAAUCUCAUAAGACCGGAUCCCAUUGGCGCACAAGACCACACACACUUGCCAGGAGCCCAGCAGACACUCGCGCAGCUCCAGUGAGCAGCUCCAAGACGCAGUAAAGCCCCAGCUGAAGGACACAGCUCAGACCAGGUCUCAGCAUGGACGUGUUUAAGAAGGGAUUCUCCAUCGCCAAGGAGGGCGUGGUGGCAGCCGCCGAGAAGACCAAGGCCGGGGUGGAGGAGGCCGCGGCGAAAACCAAGGAAGGUGUCAUGUAUGUCGGAACAAAGACGAAGGAAGGGGUGGUUUCAAGCGUGAACACAGUCGCACAGAAGACGACUGAGCAGGCGCAACUUGUGGGGGAAUCAGCAGUGGCCGGAGCGAACCAGGUAUCAGAGAAGACUGUGGAGGGACUGGAGUCUGUGGUAGCCUCUACUGGACUGGUCAACCCGGAUGAACAGCUCUACACGGAGACAGCAGCUUCGAAGAUCGAGGAGCCCGCAGAACAGGCUACGGACGCAGGCCAGUAGGCUUGCCAUCUACAGGACCAUUGUCCCCAUAACGUGGUCUUCUGGUUGCAGCAGAGGAGAGCUGUUGUGAGCUGCUGUCUGUCUCCCACCUGUACCUGUGUCCUGACCCCUCCACCUGUACCUGUGUCCUGACCCCUCCACCUGUACCUGUGUCCUGACCCCUCCACCUGUACCUGUGUCCUGACCCCUCCACCUGUAUCUGUGUCCUGACCCCUCCACCUGUAUUUGUGUCCUGACCCCUCCACCUGUAUCUGUGUCCUGACCCCUCCACCUGUAUCUGUGUCCUGACCCCUCCACCUGUAUCUGUGUCCUGACCCCUCCACCUGUACCUGUGUCCUGACCCCUCCACCUGUAUUUGUGUCCUGACCCCUCUACCUGCGGAGACAAUAGUGCAUUCUGAAGCUUUAUAAUGAGAUGUGAUUCAAAAAUGUUCCACAAACAGUUCUAUUCAAAUUAUUGGAGUUGGAGUUUGGAGUAGUGCUCUGUAAUAAUCAAAGUUUAGGAGAAACGCCACACUUGAGAGUCCCCUGGUAAAGACACACACAAACAUGCACGCACGCACACACACGCACACACACACACACACACACACACACACACACACACACACUUAGAUUGAGAAGCUAAGACAUUAACCUCCUUGAAUAUUUUCCUUUCCUUCAGUUAUUUACCUUUAUUCAGCAGUCUGUAAGAACCUUUUAAAGUGUGUGUACAUACACCUGCUUGAGCUUAAAGGUUCUCAGAGUGUGUGUCCUACUACCUCAUGUACGAGUUAGUAACACCUCAGAGAACAGCGAAGCCUGUCUCAGCCACCUUUUACUCUGAAUGCAACUAAUAUCGUCUUAAGUGCUCUUCUAACCAAGAGUCAUAGCAGACUAGAGCAAGACUAAAACAAUGUGAUGGGGAAAGUCUGGAAACACUGAUUAUCAUUGGCUCUUUCGGCUACCUUAGACUGCUCAGUGCUAUUGGCGUGACCACAGUCAGUAUCGUUUUAAAACGGCGUUUUGAGUGAGGUUCUGACACUAAAGCUACAUAACUGAUGGUUGACUAAGCCACCAGCUUGAGUAACAGUUGUGUCCCUAACCUACUGAUCCAUUUUCUUCUGGAGCUUUUGGAGAAAGGAUGUGUUUUCCUGUGAAAGCCUUGCGUGUUGCCUUAGACACAGUACACCAACUGAUCAUAACAAAGGUUGUGACUCAUCAUCUGACACUGGCCUCCAGGCCUUUCUCUUUUUUUUUUCUCUAUGAACUGUGCAGUCAAAAUAAAUGUUUUGUUAGAAACAAAA